ACAGUUUUUUUUUUUUUUUUUUCUCUUCUCACUAACUUCCUUCCUGUUCUAACUGCCAGUACUCAGAAGUCAGAGUUGAGAGACAGAGGCGCCCGGACAGAGACGUGAAGCGCUGAACAUUAAACAUGACUGAAAAUGUCCCGGAGCCCCAGCUGGUGGAGGAUGAUGAUGAGCUGGACAGCAAGCUCAACUACAAGCCUCCACCACAGAAGUCUCUGAAGGAGCUGCAGGAGAUGGACAAAGAUGACGAAAGUCUAACAAAGUACAAGAAAACACUCCUGGGAGACGGCCCUGUGGUAGCAGACCCAACAGCCCCCAAUGUUACUGUCACCCGGCUGACCCUCGUUUGUGAGAGUGCCCCAGGACCAAUCACCAUGGACCUUACUGGGGACCUUGAAGCUCUCAAAAAAAAAGUUUUUGUGCUAAAGGAAGGUGCUGAAUACAGAGUCAAGAUUAACUUCAAGGUGAACAAGGACAUUGUGUCAGGCUUGAAAUAUGUUCAGCACACCUACCGCACUGGGAUGAAAGUGGAUAAAGUAACCUUUAUGGUUGGCAGCUACGGGCCUCGGCCAGAAGAAUAUGAGUUCCUCACUCCCGUUGAGGAGGCUCCCAAGGGCAUGCUGGCCCGAGGCACCUACCACACCAAGUCCUUCUUCACUGACGAUGACAAGCAGGACCACCUCACCUGGGAAUGGAAUCUAUCCAUUAAGAAGGACUGGACAGAAUGAGUGCACUUGCCUGUCCCUUUCCCCACCCUUGCCACUUGGAAAGAUUCUCCCCACCAUGUUCAUCACCUUGUCCUUCUUCCCUGUUCACAGCUGGGUCCCUUCUCCAACAACCCCCACAGGCCACGCCCAAUGCAUUUUGUCCCACGCUGGCUCUUACAGCUUCUUGAACUAGAGACUUAAAACCUAGGCUUUAACCUGGCCUGCUCUCUCUGACCACCCCUCCGCCAUCAAGGUCAGAUCUUCUAAGUUCACCCUCUCAACACAGGAUCCUUUCAUGUUUCCCUCUCUUAUUUCCAUCUGAUCAACUAAAAGCCAGGAGCGGGCAAGUUGAUCACUAACAGUCUUCCUGCCGUAGGCCACUGUAGCUCAUUUCCACCCCUGGAUUCUGUUAUGAUUGCUGCUGGUUCAAUGAAUCCCCUGUCACAUCCACUGCUGUUGGGGUUCUUUGUGGGACACACUGUAAACAACAGAAAAGAAUAAGAAUAAAACAAUAACUAUUA